CCCGUGUGAGGAUCUCUAAAGCUGCUGUGUGUGUGUUUGUGUGCAGUCUCUCGGAACUAUCUCAGCUGAAAAACCUUCUUAAUACUUUGAAAAAAAAAUAGGAUAAAACACAGAUUAUGGAGACUAGAGGUGUUCUAGUUCUGUGUUUCGCCUGCCUCGGCGUGUUUGCCGGCGCGCGUGCCGAUAAAAAGGACAUUUACGCGAGAGUUGUGGAUUUGAUGUCUCCAGGUGAAGAGUUCCUCACAGAAGAUGCGCUUGUCUUGGUGUUUGAACGGCUGGAGAACCGUGUGCAGUGCUCCGGUGUGUCGUGUGGAAAGUGUCUUUCAGUGGAUCAUCUGCAGCAGCUGUUGAGGAACUUCAGCAGCUCUCAGGGGCUGCAGAUGGAGGAUUUCUUCACCAUGGCUCCUGGAUGCUGUUUGUUCCUGAGCGCGCCGACGGAGACCUGCAGGGCCGUAGACGAGGGACGCUGGGGUGACGAGACCGAGCACUUCAUCGAGAACAUCUUUGGACACAGCGACGAUCAUAACACCAGCACCACCGCUCAUCCUCCUCACGGAGACAUCACUGAAUAUGAGGGAUUGGAGAAGCUGUUUCACGAUAUGGAGAAGUACUAUCAGCCCGACACACAUGAGCCCUGUCUCUCUCUGAAAGACAUCCUGGAAGAGAGCAGCACUCAUCACGGAGACCACGUGCACGUGGAGCUGGAUGCUGUGAUGGGAAACAUCCUCUAUCACGCCCUGCGAGGAGACUGCAUGAAAGCACAUGACCUUCCGGAGCAGGAGUACUUCCUGGACUACAUCUUCAGCCGCUUCGGCUCGGAGAAUCUCACGCUUCAUGAUUUUGAAGAGCUUCUGAAGACAUUAAACCUGGGUGGAGAGGAACAUGACCAUGACCAUGACCAUGAUCACGUGAGCCACCAUGACAGCAGAAAGACCCACAGGAGCAGUCGUGCAGAGACUCAGCGGACCAACAGCAGCUGGGACACGGCCUGUUUCAGCGCUGAAGACCUGUGGAGGAUCUACCAGCUGAACGAUUCAUGGCUGACCAGAGAUCAGUUCACACAGCUCAGUCCUGCUCUGAUCCAGCAGAUCCUCAGCGGAGGCUGUUCUGAGAUCAGUACGACACCCGUGACCCCUGAUUCUCUCAGCACUGCCGAGAGAUACGGAUACGCCACCCUGGCCAACCUCAUCAUCUGUCUGAUGGCCAUGUUUGGGAUCGUGGUGCUGCUGUUCUCGGCCUGUACGCAAGUGUUUGAGCUCUGCAUCCAGUUCUGCAUCAGUCUGGCUGUGGGAUCGCUGACGGGAGACGCUCUGCUGCAUCUGCUGCCCGCGUUCUUAGGCCUCCACGUUCAUGAAGACGGACACGAUCACGACCACACAGAGGACAACUUCGACUACGUGUACAAACUCCUGGUGCUUCUUGCGGGCGUCUAUUUCUUCUACCUGAUGGAGAGCAUCUUCUCCAUUAUCAAUCACGGACAACAUCACCACCACAGUCACGAUGAAGAGGAGUCUGAUGUUCAUCACUGCGAUCAUGGAAGAGUCCUGCAGAUGUUCCAGCGAGAGAGACAGAACAAACACUCCAACUCACAGGCUGAUCUGGUGGAUGCUGAAAGAAAAGAGAAGUCCUUCCUGGAACCUGUUGGCCCUAAAAGAGAGCAGCGUAUGCUUCCCUAUAUGAUCACCAUUGGCGACGGCAUCCAUAACUUUGCAGACGGUUUGGCGCUCGGCGCAGCGUUUUCGAUCUCGUGGCGAUCAGGUCUGGCCACGUCUCUGGCUGUGCUCUGCCAUGAGCUGCCGCAUGAGCUAGGUGAUUUUGCGAUCCUGCUGCACUGUGGCAUGUCGGUGAAACGGGCUCUGCUGCUGAACGUGGGCAGCUCUCUCACCUCCUUCAUCGGGCUGUACAUCGCGCUGUCCGUCUCCACUGAAACGGUGGCGAAGGAGUGGAUUUCGGCGGUCACCGCUGGCCUCUUCCUGUAUGUUGGUCUGGCAGACAUGCUUCCCUCGCUGGUUCACGUGGACAGUAAAAGACCUUGGCUGAUAUUUCUCCUGCAGAAUCUGGGACUUUUGAGCGGCUGGGGCAUUUUAUUGCUUUUGUCCCUUUAUGAAGACCAAAUAGGACUCUAAAUAGGGAGUAUUAGGUUUUAUUUGUGCCUUAUUCCUAUAUAUCUGUCCUUGGAAACUACUGUAACAUAUGAAAUAUGUGCAAUUUAGUGCUGCUCGUAUGUGUUUUUAUAUGGAAUAUUGGUAACACUUUACUAUAAGGUCUCAUUAGUAACAUUAAUUAAUGCAUUAACUAAGAUUAACUAAAAAAGAGAAAUGCUGAUAGAAAUACAACUGCUCACUAUUUGUUCAUAUUAGCUCAGGUCCAUUAAAUAUUAUUAACUUUUGAUUUUAAUAAUGUAUUAGUACAAUAAUUAAUGCUUUAUAAGUAUUCUUCAUUGUUCGUUUUAAUGUUAACAAAUCUUAUUGUAAAGUGUUACCAAAAUAUUUAAAGUAUUUUUCCAUACAUUUGUAUGGAAAAGCCUGCGAAAUCAACUUUGUGCACCUUAAAGCAAAGAAAACGUUUGCAUAUUUUCUAGAUUCAUUUUUUGUCAUUCAUCAAUCAUAAAUUCACGGAUGAGAUAUUCAGCCUUUAAUCAUGUAGCUACUGUCUUUGAAUUUAAACGCUGUAUUUUUAUUAGUAAAUACAUAUAGGAUAUUUCUGUACUUUAUUUUUGCAUUGUAAUAUUUUUAAGCCAAAAACAGUUUUGAAGCAUAACAGUAUAUAAUAUGUUGCACUUAUUAUUAUACACUUAUGAUUAAAUUCUGCUAGAAUGAAGUUUAUGAAUUAAACUCAUUGGUAUAAAUGGAACGGGUUUGAUUUAAAUGAAAUAUGACACAACAUGUCAAGACUCAUCAUGUAGAUUUAAAAGACUUUAGUAAAUGAUUAUGGACUAGUUUUAUGAUAUUUUCAUGGAGCUUUUGUAAACAUUUUGCAGCUUUGCCAUGUUCAUUCCCAAUCACCAUGAACAUUUCCUUUUCCUUGAAGUGCCUUUAAGAAUUUGUUAUGUUUUAUAGUAAUAAAAUCUGUAAAUAAAUCACAAAUAACAAAUAUUAAAUAUCA